UGACACUAUUCUCAGCGGCGGAUACGUCAGGUGCUCCUAAUCGCCCGUAGUCCACCACCUUAUCUCUAACUUUUUCUUUGUCACUCGUUCACACUCUUUUUUCUGUGUUCUGUGCUUUGUGUGCAUGUGCUUUCGAUCCAGCCUGAUUUGUUGGUAACCAAAUUCGAUCCAGCGACACGAGGUUGCAGUUCGACGCAACUCUAGCAGUGGAUAGCAGCAGCAGCUGAGUGCAGCGAGACUUUUGACGUGCGGAGAUUCGUCGUAACACGACGGCUUAAAAAAAAAAGAGAGACCUCGAGAGCUCAAAGAGUAGAGAACAAAGUCGAUCUCUUGUUCUCUUUGUCGCUCGUCCGAACUCCAUAAGGCCUCGUCGACGGGGCAGCCACGGUCCGGGACAUCGACGAGAGGAUCUCGUGCGUCUUGGCGCUUGUGGCGUGUAACGUCGAGCUUCUCAAAUCCCAGUACAUAUGUGUUACUCAAAAGAGAGGCCAUUUCGACAUAUAUCGCCGUUCAUAGCCACUCCGAGUCCAAUACCCGAUUGACUCUGGUCUCUUUUUUUUCUCUGUGCGCCUGCUGUUUUAUCUAGUACAUACGACUACUGUGACUAGCUAUCUCUUUCUUGCACACGUUUCGACUGCUCUGAAAGAAAUAUAUAGAUAUAUAAUAUACACAUACAUAUACACACACCGUUCCAUUUAUUCGACUAAUUCUUUCCUCGAGUCGUACGGCCGUUAUUGGGAAUAACCAGAUACGGUUCAAUAUUGUGUUUUUGUGCUAAAACUCGACAUAUUUUAAUAAUCUGACAGAGGACGCAGGAGAGCAACGCGCCGCUCUCUCUCUCUAGUCUCUCCGUCUCUUUAUCUCCGAGUUCUCGUGUGUUCCAUCCAUCGGCUCCGAUUGGCAAAAAAAAAAGGAGCGAAGGAAAAAACAUCGUUUGACAGUGUGCCGUGUUUCUUUUGUAACCAGUAGUGUGCAACUUUGUGUGUUACAAAUAUAUACAUAUUAACCCGCUGCUGCAUUCCCGAGACAGCGCGAGAAAAGCCCAUAAUCGGAAAAUCAGUUAGUUGCAGUUCAGCGGCGGAUUCUGAGCUCGUACGACAUUGAAGCUGUACAACACAGGAAGAUCAUAAAAUCCUGAUCAUCAUGAAGGAAAAACGCAGAAGUAACGAGAAGCGCAAGGAAAAGUCACGAGAUGCUGCGCGCAAUCGCCGAUAUCGCGAGUCCGGCAUCUACGCCGAUCUCGCGGAUGAGCUGCCGGUACCGGCGGGCGAGGUUUCGCACCUUGACAAAGCCAGCAUCAUGAGACUCGCCAUAGCUCACGUCAAAACACGCCAGCUUGUCGGUUCAGUGAUGGAAUCAUUGCCCGAGACUGAAUCGACAUCGGACAUGGAUGAAUUAUUUCUAAAAGCUUUGGAUGGUUUUUUAAUGGUCCUAGAUAACAAUGGUGAUAUGGUUUUUCUUUCGGAAAAUGUGAAAAAUUACUUGGGUAUCGCUCAGAUGGAUCUUAUGGGUCAGAGUGUAUUUGACUACAGCCAUCCAUGCGACCACGAAGAGAUCAGAGAGUCCAUCUCACUCAAGUCAUCGGAGAUCAGUGAGGAUAAUCCCUGUAAUAUAUUUCUCAGACUCAAAUGUACUCUCACCAGCAAAGGUCGAAAGGUCAAUCUCAAGAGCGCUUCAUAUAAGGUGAUACAUUGCACGGGACGUUACGUGAAAAACACCGAAGCCCACAAAAGGACCGUACUCGUUUCCACUAGCUCGGACGAUGAAAACAAUAAUCCGACGAUUACGUAUAGCGAAGAGGUUGUUGUUGAUGACCCAGUGAGAGAGGAUAGAUCUGGCGACGAGAAGGGACCACCGAAAUCUUUUCUCGUUCUUGUGGCUUCGCCGGUGCCGCAUCCAAGCAAUAUCGAGAUUGCGCUCGGCAAAUAUACCUUCCUCUCGAAGCACAAUCUAAAUAUGAAGUUCACCUACGCCGACGAUAAAUUGACUGAAUUCCUUGGCUGGGAUGGAAGUGAAUUGAUGGGACAAUCUUUGUUUGAUUUUCACCAUGCCCUUGAUGACGUGUCUCUCGAUAAAUCAUUUAAAUCAUUGUUUCAUAAAGGCCAGUGUGAAACAAUGUCUUACCGUUUUCUCAACAAAACUGGAGGUUAUGCUUGGGUCGUUACGCAGGCCACUCUUAUACAUUGCGCCCGCUCCCAAAAGCCUCAGUCCGUCGUCUGCGUCAACUACCUGCUGAGCGGUGUCGAGCACGAGGAUGAGGUGUGCAGCACGCGCCAGAUCGGGGCGCGAGCCGCGGCGUCGCAAUUGCUGAAGGACAGCCCGAAGAAGGUCCAGGUCCAAGCCCAGUCCCCGCCGCCGCCGCCGCCGGCUUACGUGGCUGGUCCGUCGCUCGCUUUGCCAGCCCUGUCGCCCAUCGCCCAGGUCGUCUCGCCAGCCUCGCUGAGAAGACCGCUGGAGCCCACCACGACCACCCCGCACUCCGUGACCAAGUCGCUGUUCCUCCAGGCGUGCAAGCCUCGCGCCGCUGUGCCGGCUGUACCUCGCGUCUUCAAGCAGGACAUCGAGAAUCUUCCAUUCGAGAUCAAACCGAACGACGACGACGACGCCGAUCAGCUACUCAAUCCUAUUAUUUUUCCCGACGAGGAAGACCAAGAGCUGGUGGACGAGGUGCUCAAGAAGUCUGAAUCCACCACGGCGAAUUUAUUCGCACCUCGUACCGAGGAUAUGAAUAAAGGGUUUCUCACCUUUAGCGAAGACCAGCCGGGUAUCGCAAUGCUUAAAGAAGAACCGGACGACCUUACCCAUUUGGCGCCGGAGGCCGGCGACGAAUGCGUCCCACUGGACGACGGACCGCUGCUCACCGAUGUCCUCGACGAGUUCUUGCUCAGUGGCAAUUACUGCUCGCUCCUCGGACCCGAAGGGCCGCAGGAUCCGCUCACCGAAGCCGUCUGUCGGGCCCAAUUCGAGGCCAACUUCGGCCAGAGCCUCAGGAGCGAUUCCGCUGGCUCGUCCUCGGGCGUAAGUAGCGAUCCCCUGUCCAUAAAUCCGAGCAUACUCGGCCAGAGCAGCGCCGACUGUCUGCAACUCGGGGACCCGCUGAGGGACGACUGCUCGUCCGACGGCGGCGAUCCCUUCAUCUACAGAGACACGCCCAGUCGGUGUAGCCUCGGCACCGACCUGCCGUCACCCACCAUGUCGAAGAGCUUAGACGGCAGCGGUAUCGACGAUUCGCUGAGCCCGACCGGCAGCAUCGGCUGCGGCACCGGCGCCCUGUCCGACGAGGAGAUGCUCAUGCUCGGCAUCACGGACGUCGCCGUCGACGAGGAGGUCAACUGUAAGCCCUUCAUCGCCGUGAACGAUAACGAGGAGGCCAUGGAGCUGCUCAUCAAUAACGACGCGGUCAUGUGGGGUCCGCGACAGUCGACCAUCAAAAAGUCCAAAUGGGUAACGAAUGAAACGAAAAGUCCCAAUUCCAGCUUGGCGCAAUUACUCACGAACGAGUCGCACUCGUCGAAAAAAUUAAAGUACCCCAAUGAAGCCACGCUUGUCAAUCCGAGCCAAGUUCUUGGUCAAAUCAGUACAAAAAAUAACCUAACGAAAAUCAAUAACAGCAGCAGCACUGCCGAGCGCUCGAACAAACGCACCCACGCGUUAUCUUCCAAAUCCCAAAAUCGUCAGAAUCAGCAACAGCUGCUGCAGCAGCAGCAACACGAGCCAAACAAGCGUUUCAAGCAGACGCACAACGAGUCCUCGGGAAUUUCUCAGUUCAGCAACGAUAUGUUUAAUAUCGCUAACGCGCAGCAAAAAAACAGUCAGUUACUGCAACAGCUUGUAUCUCAAAAUCUGCCAAAAAGCAGUAGAAAUAUGUGGCCAGGACAGCAGCAACAGCUGCAGCAAAAGGCCAAUAUUGUCAAUAACAAUAUAUUCAACGAUAAUGGCAAUCGAUUGAAUAGCUUGAACAAUGGAAUGAACAUGGCUGGUAAAACUGGCAGAAGCAAUGCGUUGCCGACACAGCAGCAGCAGCAGCAGCAGCAGCAACAGCAGAGCAACAGUGUCCUCAUGAAUUUACUCGUUUCAGGCUGUGAUAUACAGGCCAUUCAAAACCAAGUUCUUCAAGAGGCGACUCUACCAAACAUAUGUGCGCCAAAAAUGGAUCUCAUACAAAACGUAAAACCACAACAGCAGCAGCAGUCAGUAAUGAUGGACGCGGAAAAUUUCCAAGCGUUACCAUUCUGGGAUAAUGUUUUGGAUAACACUCAAUCUUUCCUUUACAACAAACAAUUGCAGUAUCAGCAACAACAACAGCCGCAACUACUGCAGCAGCAACCACAGCAGCCACAGUUAUUUAAUCAAAAAACAACAACAUCAGCCUUAGAUCAAAUGAGCUUAGAAGCUGCUGAGUUUAUGUUUGGACCAGAAAGCGAUGAGCUUUUGCGUGCCCUAGAUCCAAAUCUCGUUUGACCGAAAGCUUGCCUCUUUUUAGAGAGGAUCGACGAUAUAUUGUAAUUUUAAAAUCAAUUCACAUAUAUAUACGUGGGGCCUUUUUAUUUUUAAACGUUUAGUGGUUUAUUAAUUGUUGUAUCCGUGUCAAAUUGUCGUGGAAUAAAUGAAAAAAUGGUAGGUCUUUAAAAAGUGAAAAAAAAACAAAACAUUAAAAAAUAGAUAAGAUGUAAUUUUUUUUUUCUACUAGCAAUUUGGUUCAAUGAACAAAACAUAAGGAGCUUUAAAGAAAAUGAAUUGACAAGGUAUGAAAUAUUUCAUUCUACGAUUAGUUGGAGUGUUGUUAGAUGCAACUUAAUUCCGAUGUAUUUUCAUAUGAAUCCGUAUAAAAUGCCCGCAAUCAGAUGUGAUAAAUUGUAAAAGUUAAAUAGUAAUCAAAAUCAAUUUGUUUUUGUAAAUGUACUAUAUAAAUAGAGAAAAAUUCACGUUGGAAUCAAUUUAUUGUAUUAUUUAUAAAUGAUGUGUCUAAUCAGUCGAAGAAAAUUUUGUAAAUCAGUGGUGAGUGAUUAGGUACGAGAUUGAUGUUAUUUAUUAUUUUUCGUCUGGAGUAUAUUUUUUAUUAUGAAACAAAUCUAUUUUUACAAAAUAUUAAGUUGCUUAUUCGAAUAACUGUUAUGAAUGGUCUGAAGUCAAUGGAUCAUUUGUGUAAAUUUAUUAUUAUAUUCAUAUUAAUUUAAUAAUGUUUUUCAAUGUAACAGAAAAAUUUGUAUAUUCGUGUUUUAGAAUUAAGACCAGUUAAUAUUUUAAUGUUUAUGCUAACAAAAAGUGUAACCCUCAACUUUUUUAUAGUAAUAACUUUAUUAAGAAAGAACUAACCGUCGCCUUGUCGGUAAAGUAGAUUUAUACUGUGAAACAUAUAUGAAACUUAUUUGUCUUGAUAACAUCAAAAAAUGUCUGAUUCUUCUAAAACCAAACGGAUUGGAAAAGGUCGUAAUUGUUUAUUUUUUAUUCAUAAAUUAUUAUUUGUAAAAUGAUGGUCAUAAAGAGGCAUUAUUUUAAUU